CUGGGGGACUGGUAUCAUCUCUGGAUCUGGGCUCCUUGGGCUGUGGCGCUUAACUGCUCUCGAGCCAGCCCGAGCGCCGGGGAUCCCGCGCCUGCAGGAGCCAGAGACGGCGCAGAUUCCGCCGGGGAAGCCCUUCCGACUGCGGUGUCGGCAGAACCGAAUCCAGGCGGGUGUGAGGGGGUGGGGUGGGGGAAUCCCCGCCGUCGGCUCGAGAAACCCUUCCCCAGGGAACUCCCCAUAGCCACCCCUCCGCCCAGUUUCUUUUGAGUCCGGUCAGCUUGGGUGAGGUGCCGCGACCCGGGAGAGCCCAAAGACGCAGCUCUCUUCCACCUUCCAGUCCCGGCCUUAAAUUUGGAAAGGCGGAGUUGCAUCCAAGGCGAGAGGGAGCGAGCCUGUGAGUUAGGAAGGUGCUUUCCUCGGGGCCAAAAUGCCCAAGAAGAAGCCGAUGCCCAUUCAGCUGAACCCGACCCCGGAUGGCUCUGCAAUUAACGGGACCAGCUCAGCCGAGACCAACCUUGAGGCGCUGCAGAAGAAGCUGGAGGAAUUAGAACUUGAUGAACAGCAGCGCAAGCGUCUGGAGGCUUUUCUCACCCAGAAACAGAAAGUGGGUGAGCUGAAGGAUGAUGACUUUGAGAAGAUCAGUGAACUGGGAGCUGGGAAUGGUGGUGUGGUGUUCAAAGUUUCCCACAAACCCUCUGGCCUAAUCAUGGCAAGGAAGUUAAUUCAUCUGGAGAUCAAGCCAGCAAUUCGGAACCAGAUUAUACGGGAACUGCAAGUCCUGCAUGAGUGCAACUCUCCAUAUAUUGUAGGGUUUUAUGGGGCGUUUUACAGCGAUGGGGAGAUCAGUAUCUGCAUGGAGCAUAUGGAUGGAGGAUCUUUGGACCAGGUCCUUAAGAAAGCUGGAAGAAUUCCUGAGCAAAUUUUGGGGAAAGUUAGCAUUGCUGUAAUAAAGGGUCUUACAUAUCUGAGAGAGAAGCAUAAGAUAAUGCAUAGAGAUGUCAAGCCAUCCAACAUCUUGGUGAAUUCACGCGGGGAAAUCAAGCUUUGUGAUUUUGGCGUCAGUGGGCAGCUGAUUGAUUCCAUGGCUAAUUCCUUCGUGGGCACGAGGUCCUAUAUGUCGCCAGAACGACUCCAGGGAACUCACUACUCGGUACAAUCAGACAUCUGGAGCAUGGGGCUUUCUUUGGUGGAGAUGGCCAUUGGACGAUAUCCCAUUCCACCACCAGAUUCUAAAGAGCUAGAACUGAUGUUUGGCUGUCCAAUGGAAGGAGAUGCACCUGAGACAUCACCACGACCAAGAACUCCUGGAAGGCCCCUCAGUUCUUAUGGAAUGGAUAGUCGACCACCAAUGGCAAUUUUUGAACUGUUGGAUUACAUAGUCAAUGAGCCUCCUCCAAAGUUGCCCAGUGGAGUCUUUAGUCUCGAAUUUCAAGAUUUUGUGAAUAAAUGCCUAAUAAAAAAUCCUGCUGAGAGAGCUGACUUAAAGCAACUUAUGGUUCACACUUUUAUCAAGAGGUCUGAUGCUGAGGAAGUUGAUUUUGCAGGUUGGCUCUGCUCCACCAUAGGCCUUAACCAGCCUAGCACACCAACCCAUGCUGCUGGCAUCUAAAGUGUUUCUUUGGGAAGCUGGAGAAAGGCUGCUCCCUCACCCAUUGUGCAAAACAAUGCUACCUUAGAUCCUAUUUCUCAUGCUUGUCUCUGUUCAGAUGUGCAUAUUACCCUGUGGAGAAGGAUGAAGAACAUAGCAUGUGCCAAAUUCUAUUUGUGAUUUUUUUUUUAAUUAUGAUUAUUCCCUUGAGUGAAUUGGCUUUGCAUCGGGGGUUUCUUAUUUGUGUUAAUGACCCCCCAGAAAGUGUGCGCUGUUGAGUUAGUGAGAUUUUCUUUGCACUGCUGCUCCUCCAGCCUCAGCUGGCUGGCCUUGUGAUUUGCGGGGGGAGGGGGUUGUCUUGACACAGUGGUACUUCAUUUUCGCUAGGCAUUUACCCUCUUUUCCUGAAAGUGGAAAGGAGAAGCCUGGUGAUGUCCUUCACAAGCAGUGCAUGGGAAGCAUGCUUUUGCUGCUAUGAAAACAAGCAUUAGAAAGUGGAUGUCACGGUGUUGUAAUUUUUGCUUUCUGUGUAGAAUCCAGUUGUUUUCACCUAAAUCAAGUCAGAGCCCCGCACUGCCAUAAUAGCCAGGGCUUCAUCAGUCUAUUGUGAGGACUUAGAGACUUGUGGCUAUAUUUCUAUAUUUAUUUUAAAAAUAUUCUGUGGGAUAUUCAGAGUUGUUGGGUGGUGUAUGUCUCUUAAUUUUUGACUGGCGUUUCUAAAAUAGUGGGAGUUUUCGAUUGUCACCAAUGAAUCAAGUCAUUAAAGUUCAUCAGACAUCUUCCUCUUAAUCCAAUUACAGAAUAUAUUGUGUAUAGUGCCUAAAAAUUGUAUGGAGAUCCUUUUAACCAUUUUAUUUUCAAAUGUUUAACAAAUCUAAUCUCUUAUUCUAAUAAAUAUAUCAUCAAGUUUAACAGAA